GCGCACCACUUAAUUUAUUGGCGGCGAUAACCCUAAACCCUGCGCCUGCGGCCCCGCCAUCAUUCACAGUGGACUGUACCGGUAGCGUAUCGCUCUCCUCCGAAGCGUUUCAAUUUUUUCAACGAGCGCGGCUAACGCACCCAGGAUUCGUUAGUGGGAAGUAGACAAAGGAAGCACUAGCGGCUUGACAAGGCUGACGGGAGAAAAGAAUUGAUAUCAAGAAACCCACCGACAAAGGAAGAAUUGAUCGUGAUGUUCAGCCCUGGUACUGCUCGUUCUCCUGCUACGCCUAUCACUGCUAUUUCAUUUGGAGAACCUCGUGCUCGGUCCUUCCUUAAGGAAGCCACUCCAUCGCCUCUUCUUUCUUUAUUCACCCGUGCCUCCCUCCACGCCCACUCUGUGCCACGACCGUGCUCUACUCUCAAAGCCAUGGCUGAUGGUGAAGCCGUCACUCUUUCUCCAAAGAUCACCGCUUCAUCUCCUUCUGUUUCAGGAAAGAAGCUAGCUCUGAUAUCCUUGUCAGACAAGAAAAAUCUUGCAUUUCUAGGAAAUGGGCUUCAAGAAUUAGGCUACACGAUUGUUUCAACUGGAGGAACUGCAUCUACAUUGGAAACUUCUGGGGUAAGCGUUACUAAGGUGGAGGAGCUGACAAGUUUCCCUGAAAUGCUUGAUGGUCGUGUAAAAACUUUGCAUCCUUCUAUACAUGGGGGUAUUCUUGCUAGAAGGGACCAAAAGCAUCAUAUGGACGCCCUUGAUAAACAUGGAAUUGGCACAUUUGAUGUUGUCGUGGUAAACUUGUACCCCUUCUAUGAUAAAGUCACCUCAUCUCAAAAAAUAGACUUUGAAGAUGGAAUCGAGAACAUUGAUAUUGGUGGCCCGGCCAUGAUCAGAGCUGCUGCAAAGAACCACAAGGAUGUCUUAGUGGUCGUUGAUACCGAAGACUAUCCUGCACUGCUUGAUUUCUUGAAAGGAAAUGAGGAUGAUCAACAAUUUCGUAGAAAGCUUGCUUGGAAGGCAUUUCAACAUGUAGCUUCUUACGAUUCUGCAGUCUCAGAAUGGCUGUGGAAGCAGACUGUUGGAGAUAAAUUUCCUCCCAGCUUAACCGUGCCACUUUCCCUCAAAAGUUCUCUUCGCUACGGUGAAAAUCCUCAUCAGAAGGCGGCCUUUUAUGUUGAUAAGAGUAUCUCUGAAGUCAAUACAGGUGGUAUUGCAACAGCCAUCCAACACCAUGGAAAGGAGAUGUCUUAUAAUAACUACUUAGAUGCGGAUGCAGCUUGGAAUUGUGUGUCAGAGUUUAGGAAUCCUACUUGUGUAGUUGUGAAACACACAAAUCCAUGUGGUGUAGCUUCACGUGAUGAUAUUCUGGAAGCAUAUAGACUAGCUGUGAAGGCUGACCCCGUGAGUGCAUUUGGUGGCAUUGUAGCCUUCAACGUAGAAGUUGAUGAGGUUCUUGCAAGGGAAAUUCGGGAGUUCAGAAGCCCUACAGAUGGGGAAACACGGAUGUUUUAUGAGAUUGUUGUUGCACCCAAGUACACAGAGAAGGGGCUUGAGAUCUUGCGUGGGAAAUCAAAGACUCUGCGAAUUCUUGAGGCAAACAAAAAUGAGAAAGGAAAACUCUCACUCAGGCAAGUUGGUGGGGGGUGGUUAGCACAAGAUUCUGACGACUUGGUUCCCCAAGAUAUACAAUUUAACGUAGUUUCUGGAAAGGCCCCUCAAGAGAGCGAGCUUCAAGAUGCAGAGUUUGCAUGGUUGUGCGUCAAGCAUGUUAAGAGCAAUGCCAUUGUGAUAGCAAAGAAUAACUGUAUGUUGGGUAUGGGAAGCGGGCAACCAAAUCGUCUCGAAAGUUUGAGGAUAGCCUUGAGGAAAGCUGGGGACGAGGUCAAAGGAGCUGCUUUGGCUAGUGACGCAUUCUUCCCAUUUGCUUGGAAUGAUGCAGUGGAAGAAGCAUGCCAGAGUGGAGUAGGUGUUAUUGCAGAGCCCGGGGGCAGCAUUCGAGAUCCUGAUGCUAUCGACUGCUGCAACAAGUAUGGCGUGUCCCUCGUCUUCACCAACGUGAGGCAUUUCAGGCAUUGAUGAUGCUCGUCAGCUCCUGAGAUUUUAAAGCUUGGUUUGGACACCACACAGAAUAUGAAGAUGUUCUUCCUUAAUAAAGAGAUUGGCGUGGUUGUAAAAUAGGUUAACAUGUAUCCUAUAACUUAACAAUAAAAAACGCCUCUGAAUUAUCUUGGAAGUAUGUUCCUUUUCAAUCCCCAACUUCGGAAUGAGUCCAGUUUGAUGCCCUUUCUCUUUAUACAUGUGUUUUUAAGAGUGGUUUGAUACACA